CGAUAUCCUCACCACCAACAUCAAUGUCUUUCCAACUCUCAUACCUGACAGAUAAUUUGUUCGGUGGGGCUAUUCCUGUCCUGUCCCAGCUAAUGCAAAUAGCAUUACCGCUUAACAACUAGAGUACAAGAACGAGCUCUGUCAGAGCCAUGGACAAUACCAGCAUCUCCGACUUGGUGGAGCGACUGGGAAGUGAAGAAGAUGCCGUGCGUAAGAUGGCAGUUUUCAAGCUUCAAGGCAGCAUUGGAGACCCAUCUUUCGCGGAUAUAUUCAUCGCUGAGGGUGGAUUGGCUAAACUGCGCUACCUGACCCUACAUGCGACGGGGAACACGUUGGCAUAUAGCUUGGCAAGCUUUGCGAGACUACUUGAAGUGGAUAAAGGCUGGGAAUUCGCUGAUGAAGAGCUCGUGGAGAGGGUAAGCUCAGCCUCCAAAAAUCAGAUAUACUUUGGCGAUUGCGCUUUCUUCCCUGUUGUCUUGUGUUAAGAUGUGGACGGGGUGUGCUAAUCUUGAUUGCUACGGCUUUAUAUUCCGUAUCCUAGGUUGUCGAACUUAUUGUAACCCAUCCUCUUGUGAAUAUCCUCCGUGGUGCCAUGUCGAUCCUCGUCUCUAUCGUAUCUCAUCCGUAUACUGGUGGCCGGUCGUCGCAACAGGGACUUUUUGGCUUCCGUGCUUUAAAGCCGGCGAUUGCAGUUUAUCCGCAGUUUCUCGAAAUGCUUGUCAGCAGGCUGUCAUCGGCAGACCAUGCCCUAUGUGCAAAUGCAUUGCAAUUGAUCAAUUCCCUGAUGCGCGAUGCUGUCACUAACGAGGCCGAGGGACAGUGGCCCAAGUUCAUCCAGAAGCUACAAGAUCUCGGUGUGAUUCGGGCGGUCUAUGUUCUCAUGCAAGGAACUGCAUUGCAGGAUCACGCACAUCCGCUCAUCGAAUUUCAAUCUCUCACGAAAUUCCUCUUACGCAAGUGGCGCGACGUUCCCUUAGAUAUGGAGAAGCCCGAGCACAGGAGAACCUUGAAAGGAAUUUACUUGGCUAGUAAUCCCGACAAGAGCAAUGACAGUGGAACAGAGAAAAGCGGCAGCGAGACACGACCGUCGAAAAGACGCUCCUCUGGAAAGUGGAGGCGACUAGGGUUUGAAUCGGAAAGUCCUGAAAAGGAAUUCGAGGAUGUGGGCUUUCUGGGCAUGAUGGAUCUGGCAGACUACGUCAAAAGCCACCAAGAUGAGUUCCAGAAAUUAUUGUUAGAACAGUCGACGAAACCGACUGCGCAGCGCUGCCCAAUUGCCCGAGCUUCGUUGGCUGUGACUUUGAUUCUCUACGAGCAUUUUGAAGUAGAUCAAUGCGACAUCGAAGACACUAAGAGUUACAUGGUCCUUGAGUCUAGUUCUAACCUUGACGAAUUAUUUAAGCCGCUGCUAUUACAUUGGACCCGACUGCAUGUUGCAGGAUUGCACGCCUUCUUCCGCCUGUGGAAAGCCACCGGGGCAACGGUAGAGGAUUUUGAGAAGAUCGUCGAACUGGCCCGUAUCCUCAUUGAGUCUGUGGUCGGAGGAGCUCAUCGUACAAAGGAUAUACAAGACGUUGAGGAGGAUUUAGCCGAGUUCGAAUAUGCCCGACUUCGCAACCUGCAGAUGGAGCUCUUGGAGCUCACGUACGAGGGUGCAUGGGGUCAGCAUCUACGGCAAAUGCGCGAAGAACUGCACCAUGAAGCUCUCCAGUUUGUCAAGGAGCAGAGGAUCCGUUGCUUACUGCAAGGAGCUUGGUUUCCAAAUGAGCAUAUGUCCAAGGCAGAAAUUGGGACGACAGCGAGAGUCACUUCUCACAAAUACAUCCAAUUAUCUCAUAACCGGCGAUAUCUUCAUUUCGGAGACUUUGAUUCUAUAAGUGACAAGACACCGGAACUCGAUUCCCUUCCGGAAAGAGUCGACUUAUCAAUCGUGUCGUCUGUCGUCUCCAACGUUUCUGCGGCAUCGGACGGUUCUUCCUCUUCAACUAUCAAAACCGUUCCCCAUCCUCAGUCUUCCACCAAGAUAACUAUCCACGGUUAUUCCCAGCCGGCAGCUGCAGCUGUAGGAAGUCACAAGAAGAGCCAUAGCCGUGCUCGCUCGACAAGCAAGCCAACACAAAGCGAAAUCGUAUUACUAACUCUCCGGCCACAGUCGCAUAGCAUUGCAUCUGAAUGGUUGGAUGGAUUGCUCAUGUUGCUCAACCAAGAGCCAAUUACUUCAGAAUCGAACAAACUAAUAGAUUUAAUCGCCAACUACGGACUUAAGAUUCGCUUGUUGAAUGUUCGAUUCGAUGAUGCGGCCUUUGCAGGUGAAGCUCCCAGAGUUCCUUCCCGGGAAGGCCUUGAUGACGAUUACUACUAUGAUGUAUUUGGGGGUUCCUGAGGAGAAUUUUACCUUUGGUUAUUCGCUUCUUGGCUUACUUUCCUGUUAUCUCCUCCCAGCCUUCUUUUCGGUCUGGAACUGCUUUAAUAUCAUCUAAUAUAUCUGUCCUGAUGACCUUCCAGCUAUCUUAUUCUUCUAUGCAUAUAAACCAUGAUACCUCAAAGUUCCAAUAAUCUUC